CCGUUUAUUCCCAAAGGCCGAGUUUAUGUCCAUCGAAAACCUCAAGACCUUCGACCCCUUCGCCGAAGCCGACGAAGAAACCGGCGAGACUAAACAGUCUCAAAACUACAUCCAUAUACGGAUUCAGCAGCGCAAUGGUCGUAAGACUCUGACUACUGUUCAGGGUCUUCCCAAGAAGUUUGACCAGAAGAAGAUCUUGAAGGUCAUCAAGAAGAAAUUCGCUUGCAAUGGCACCAUCGUCUCUGACACCGAGAUGGGCGAGGUGAUUCAGCUGCAGGGAGACCAGCGUAAGGAUGUCCAGGAGUUCUUGACCGACAAGAAGGAAGGCCUCGAGCUGGAUGCUAAGACCAUCAAGGUCCAUGGGUUCUAAUCCCGUCACCAUGCCUUGUUCCGGUCCCUCCUUCCCAGUCUAUGUUGCCCUGUGAGCGGUGGGUUAGGAAGCACGCUAUG